GCAGUUUUGUUACAUCACACACAUCAUCUUCACAUCCUUUGAAGAAGCACCAGAAAUACACAGCCAUGAAGACCUUUGUGACCGUCCUCUGCUCGCUGGCGCUGGCCUCGGCGGGGCAGGUGCGGGAGAAGCGCGGGUUCCUGAGCGGCCUGCACAGCUACGCACCCGCUGUCGGCUACUCCGCCCCGGCUGUGAGCUAUGCGAGCUACUCCGCCGCACCUAGCUACAGCUACUCCGCCGCGCCUAGCUACAGCUACUCUGCUGCGCCGGUUGUCAGCUACUCUGCCCCUGCUGUCAGCUACUCUGCCCCAGCUGUCAGCUACUCUGCCCCAGCCAUCAGCUACGCUGCCCCGGCUGUCAGCUACUCUGCCCCAGCUGUCAGCUACUCUGCCCCAGCUGUCAGCUACGCCAGUUACUCUGCUGCGCCCAGCUACAGCUACUCGGCGCCGGCUGUGAGCUACGCGCCGCGGCUGGUGGCCGUCAAGAGGGUGGUGAACGUGAACAAGGUGGUGUCGGUCCCUCAAGUGGUGAAGGUCAACAAGCUGGUGUCCGUGCCCCAAGUGGUGGUCGAGAAGAAGCUCGUCUCCACGCCCAGCUACGCGCCCGCCUACUCCAGCCCCCAGUGGUGAACCAUCGCUCCAACUAACUGUACUCUAGUCAACUG